AUGCCAAUUCGAUCCAGUCGCAAGCUACGGCUACUAGAUCCUAUCAUUGCUGGCAACCGAUCUGCACUGGAAGGACACCGGCCAACAAUGGGAGCUCACUAUUACACAACCCGUCCACCACUGCUUGAGGCGCUUAUCAAUAAAAUUGUUCCCAAACAGAAACCGGCAGAUGAGCUCCCGCAUGAUUCACAGCUGGCCAGGCAUUCCUUGUCUAAAAGUGGUCACAUCCUCGGCGGCGAGCAUGGUGAAUUGAAGAAGUCUCGGGCUGUUAGUUUGGAAAACAGGGUUCUGGCACAGUUGUGUGAAGUUCGAUCAAGAUCACCUAAUUGUGAGGGAGGUGAACUGGCCCGGGAAGCCUUCAGAGAGCAUGGCAGUCGCACGAGCCUCGCAUUGCUUGAAAAUCCCCUAAAAAGCGACAUGCUGAGUCCGCAACAAUCUACAUCCGAUCAGAUUCCCACUGUACAGCUAUCGAUAAAGCGUGAUUUAUUGUCUACAAUCAACGAAAAUGCAAGAAAGGUGCUUGAGAAUGCCAAUCGAGACAUGCUUUGGGCAGCAGACUUUAAGAGGAGGGAGGAUCAAUCGCAACCACGAACGAUUCCUCUCGAUGAUCCAAAGCCGACACCUUCCACGGAAGGUUUCCAAGAACUGAAAAGCAAGAAACUUGAACUGCCCGUGAGACAUUGCGCGAAGCAAAUUUUAGAUGUCAUCAACAGCAACACCUACAGCAUUAUUGAUGGAAAGCGUGGCUCCGGAAAGACCACGCAGGUUCCUCAAAUUAUCUUGGAGGAUGCGAUCGAUAAUUCUACAGGGGUAUCUUGCUCCAACCUUGUCUUCAUCCCAGAGAAUGCAUACAUUCAGAGAGUCAUAGAGCAAAUCACAACAUUCGGCCCAAAGCUAGGAUUCCGUUUUGCCGAUAAGAAUCGAUUCAGAAUCAUUCAGUUGCAUAAAGAUACGGCAGAAGAAGAAGCGGAAGUUAACCUUGGGAUUCCUCCGGGUUGCCGAAGGCUUGUCAUUGCAAAAGAAGAGAGCAAUUUCACAAUUCCAGAUGUGAAGUACGUCGUUGACUGUGGCAAGUCAAGCCACCGAAAACACAAGAAUCAGGAGAGAUACCACGAUUUGGAGCGAAUCAGAUGGACUGGUGGCUGGAGUAGUCAAAAUGUCGCCUCGCAGCGGGCAGAGUGUGCAGGCAGAGCCCAGGCUGGAGAGUACUACUUCCUUGGUGCCAAAAAGUGUUUUGAUUCCCUUUCACUCACCAAAUCUCCAAAGACUUGGCCUGGUCGCUCGGAUCUUCGACAAGCCUGCUUGCUUGUUAAGCGAGCGACCUCUGGAACGUCCCUCUUAAUCGCAGAACUUUUCGCGCAAACCUAUAAGCCACCUCAAGAGUCCAGCGUUCGUGCUGCAGUGGAUGAUCUGAAGGAAUUGCAGGUAUUGGACGAGCAGGAAGAACUCACCGCUCUUGGCCAUCUUGUCGCCGAUUUGGAUAUGGAUCCAUGCUUUGGCAAGAUGGUUGUUCUGGGCAUUAUUUUCAGAUGUUUGGACCCAAUGCUGAUCCUUGCGAGUCUGGGGUGGAACGGACUGCUUUUACCUAGAGGGCUGACUGGACCAAUUCAUUUUGGCCGCGAAGUGGGCUAUCAUGUUGCUACCAUCGAGACCUUUAGGGCCAUUCGAGGAAUGUUGCGUAAGGGCGAACUUUCGGCUUUUAUGGAUGAAGUCUCAAGAGACAAUAUGUCCAAGCUAUAUCACACAGUGACUCCGGAAAUUGAGCGAAUCAUCAAGAGAUUGAUCGCAGCCAAACUCCUCCCCGCAGAUAGCUUGUACGGUGAUGGGGGCUUUUCCUCUGGUUCCGCCAAUUUCAAUGCCGGUUCCAGGGAUAACACUUUGGUCAGAACACUCUUGGUGCAAUGUCUUUCCUCCAACCUAAGUGUGAAACCCUUUGGUGAGAAGACCAUCAAAUACAAAUCCGGGAAGACAGUCAAGCAGGGAAAAGGUUUAAUUGAGUCCAGAGACAAAAGCUUUAUCAUGGUCUCCAACUUCGGAUGGCCUUACGGGAUGGAAAGAACCACCCGAGUCAACCCACUAGCCGCCUGCCUCUUUGGAAACAAAAUAGAACAGGAGGAAGAUGGUGUUAUCUUGGAUUCGUGGGUGAAAAUCAAACUGCAAACUGUGGAAAGCACAGAAAAUGAAGUUGCCAAGUCAUUGGUUCAAACACACAGAGUCCUGAAUGAGGCCCUUCAAACUGCCUUUAAGAUACUCCCUCGCCAAGAAAGGGCAAGCUGCAACACCUAG